AUGAGCUCUUCGCAGCAGGUGCUCAACCUUGAGCCAGAUCACAAUUCUUCACAGCGCCAUGCGUCUCUAUCUCCCAAUGGCGCAGACGUCGAGAAGCUUACGACAGAAGAGCAAGUUCAACCGAAGAAAUCGGUUUAUGCGGUUGUGGGCAUCUUACUCGGCAAUUUUGUGAACGACGUUGGACCAGCUCUUCAGAAGGGAAAAUUUGUGGACGUGUCGAUUCCGAUCGCCGUCGGACUGUUGGUUAUGAUGUAUCAUAUUCUCUGCAAAGUCAAGUACGAGACGCUGCACCGCAUCUUCGCUCACCGCCAAGUUUGGAUACAACUUGAGGCUUUAGCAUCGUGGCCAACUGGGUUAUUGCACCUCUUCUCAUGGUAUCUUCGACUCGGAAGCAUCUUUGUCGGUUCCUUACUGAUUGUAAAGCUGGGAUUGGCCCGGGCUUUCCUGCCUGAUGAACCGGGCCUUCGACCCGGUCUAAUAUUUGUCGGACUAGCGCGCUGUAUUGCCAUGGUCUUGAUCUGGACAGGCCUUGCAGGCGGGGAUGAGGAGUACUGUGCCAUUCUUGUGGCUGUCAACUUUAUCCUGCAGAUGGUCCUAUAUGCGCCGUUGGCGAUCCUGUUUGUCAAUGUCAUAAGCGGUGGUGGCGCGUCGGAGGUGUCCUACUCCACUGUCGCCAGAAGUGUCGGAGUUUUCCUUGGAAUACCUCUGGGGGCUGCCAUUGCCACGCGCUUCAUCCUGCGGGCUAUCAACGCUAACUGGUACGAAAAAAAAUUCCUCAAGUGGAUCGCUCCGUGGUCACUCCUCGGCCUCCUCUACACUAUCUUGGUCCUGUUUGCGUCUCAAGGGAAGCGAGUCGUCCAUCAAAUUGUCUCGGUUGUCCGGGUUGCGGCUCCUCUGAUCGUGUAUUUCGUGGUCAUCUUCUUCCUGACUCUCAUGAUUACAAAGCGUCUACGGUUCGGAUACGAGCUAGCAACCGCAGCCAGCAAUAAUUUUGAGUUGGCUAUUGCGGUCGCCGUGGCGACGUUCGGCGCUAACAGCGACGAGGCCCUGGCAACGACUGUAGGCCCACUGAUUGAAGUGCCGGUUUUGAUUUCCUUGGUUUAUCUUGUCAGAUGGAUUGCCGGACGUUGGAACUGGAAAGACUAG